AUGCUGCUGCUGCUGCUGACGGUGGCAGCAGCAGCAGCAAAUGAAAUAUUAAACCAUCCAGGGGCGGCAGCUGCUGCAGCAAACCCAGGCCCGCUGAGCGCACAGCAGCAGCAGCAGCAGCAGCAGCAACAGCAGCAGCAGCAGCAGCAGCAAAAGAAGCAUUUAGUCGCAGUAUACUCGCGUGCAGCAGCAGCAACAGCCAUAGACGAGAGAGCAGCAGGAGCAGCAGCACCAGCAGCGACAGGAGAACAUACGCAGCAACUGCAGCAGCAGCAGCAGCAGCAGCAGCAGCAGCAGCAGCAACAGCAGCAGCAGCAGCAGCAGCAGCACUGCAGCAGCAGCAGCAGCAGCAGCAGCAGCAGCAGCAGCAACAGCAGCAGCAGCAGCAGCAGCAGCAAGACCUACGUAGAAGAGUUAUAUUUGUAUUCCAUGCUGCAGCAGCAAACCGAAAUGGCAGCAGCACAUUCAGCAGCAACUGCGACUCUGCUGCUGCUUCCUCAGCAGCAGCAGCAGCUGAUGCAGCAGCAGCAGCGGUAA